GACUCAAACUUAAAAUCUUUUACUUCUAGUGGAAGAAGAUUAUUACUUAGUUAUUUAAGUCAUUGGCGCAUUUAAAGAAAUUUAUGUUUGUAUAUUAUGAAAACUAAGAAAGCUUUAGCAUUGGGGCAAGCAUUGUGUACUAUUGAAGAUGACUGAUAAACUUGAAGAUCCAGGUUCUCUAGACGAGGAAAUUAGCUUGGAACCUGAGGAAUCAGUAGGUGAAUUUGAAUUUGUGAUUUCUCUACAUGAGGAAAUUAGCUUGGAAGCUGGGGAGUCAGUAGGUGAAACUGAAUUUGAGGGGGGUAAAAGGCUUUGUUCUUGUUCAUCAACUACAUCUGGAAGCCGUUCUAACAAGGUUUACAAGGUUUCCAAGGAAGUUAUGAUGGACAAGUUCAUGGAAUGCAUGAUCUAUACCUUAAUUAGCUGCAAAGGAAAGGUUUUAUAAAGCCCUAGCUGAUAGAUGUAGGGCUGCUGGUACUGCUAUUUCAUCUGAUUAUUACUUUUCUAUUCCGGGGUGCAUACGAUAUUUUGCAAAUCAUGGAAGGCAUUUCUUAUUCUACUGCAAGAAAAGCUAUUGCUGCAUUCAAGAAUUCUCUGGAGGAUAGACAGAUUUUUGUCUCAUUGAAGCCCGAAAAGGAGAAGGAAUUGGGUGGAAGACCUUGAUCAAUGAAGUGCAUUCAAUGAUGUGUUUGUUUUGUUUGCGUUCAAGAUCAUACAACUUUCACGGACAUUAGAAUUGUUUAGUUUGCUUUUGAUCUUGAGUUGUAAAGUUUGAACAUUGAAGUGCUAUGUGUUUUUGCAUGGUUUGCAUGCAAUAAUCUAUGAACAGUGAUCUAUAUAUGAACCGAUUGGUUUCCUUUUGGUCUAUUAAUUGUUUAGUUUUUUUAAUAAGAGUUAUUUUUAAUG